CAUCCGCCCCCACCACCCACUCCCACACGCACAAGCCUUCCCCUCCCUCACCUCCCCAUCCCCUCCACCUCCGGCAACCCAACCCAGAACCCACUCCACUUCCCCGGUGAGGCUGAGCGAUCCACCACCACACACCACAACGGCGACGACGGCGAGCCACCGCGGGCACGGUGGCGACAGGUUUGUGCUCUGAACCCUUCUCGUAGGAGCUAGGAAGAGGAGGCCUUGUCCGGGAGCCUUUCUUGCUGGUGCUAUUUGAUCGAGCAAGGAAGCGUGACCGGAGAAGACUGGAGCUUCAUUUCCAACUGUUCGUCUUCGUCCUCCUCGGAUUAGGGAAGAGCAGAGAGAUCCGGGGAACCUUUUUUCUCUCCUGGAUUAAUUGCUGUCUGUUCUUCGUAGAACUUUCUGGUUUUCUUUUAGCUUCCUUCUUUGUUUUGUCUCUUUCAUCUAGCGAGCCGGAAAGGGGCUAUUUUUAAGCCCCCUUUCAGGCUGCACCAACCAAACCAUCCCUGUUCUUCGCUUUUACAGAAGAAACAGGCCACCUUUUUUUUCAAAUUUCUUUUUCAGUUAGCUCUUUUCGGCUCAUCAGUUUUUGGACAAAAAAGAUUCGAAUUUUUUUCUGUGUUUUUAGCUCAUCUUCGUAAUGGAAGCCAUAGAUUUGUACACAAACCAGCUGAGAUCCUCGUCGUCCUCCUCCUCGGACCAGGAGCUCAUGAAAGCACUCGAACCUUUUAUCCGUAGUGCUUCUUCGCCCACCUCCACCACCACAUCCACCUUCUCCUACCCCUACCCCUCUGCUCUGCCUCAAGAUUCGUACUACUACUACCCUGCCGCCGCCUCCUCUUACACCGCGCUCCCGCUACCGCCGCCUGCUCCCACCGCCACGUCCUUCUCGGAGCUCCCGCCCCUGCCGCCUUCCUCCUCGUCGUACACAACGCUAGCGGCACCAUACCCGACGUCGUCGGUGGAUGCCGCGGCGGGGCUGGCGCUGAACCACCUGGGCCCGGCGCAAAUCCAGCAAAUCCAGGUGCAGAUCAUGUUGCGGCGGCAGCAGCAGCAGCGGGGCCUGGCGGCGUCGCUCCUCGGCCCACGGGCGCAGCCCAUGAAGCAGCCCGGGGAGGCGGCGCCGUCGUCGGCGGCCGCGAAGCUGUACCGCGGCGUGCGGCAGCGGCACUGGGGCAAGUGGGUGGCGGAGAUCCGCCUGCCCAGGAACCGGACGCGGAUGUGGCUCGGCACCUUCGACUCCGCCGAGGACGCGGCGCUCGCCUACGACAAGGCGGCCUUCCGCCUCCGCGGCGACGCGGCGCGCCUCAACUUCCCGUCCCUCCGGCGGGCCGGCGCGCACCUCGCGGGCCCGCUCGACGCCUCUGUCGACGCCAAGCUCACCACCAUCUGCCAGGGCCUCGCCGCCGCGCCCGCGUCCAAGGCCGCCGCCAGCACCACCUCCGCCCCGGACUCGCCCAAGGCCUCGGCGUCGACGACCACGACGGAGGGCGACGAGUCGGUGCACUCCGCCGGCUCGCCUCCUUCCCUCCCGGCGUUCCCGCAGCAGCAGCAGGCGACGCCGCUCCCGGAGAUGGCGAGCCUGGACUUCACGGAGGCGCCGUGGGACGAGUCCGCCGCCUUGCACCUCAACAAGUACCCGUCCUGGGAGAUCGACUGGGACUCCAUCCUCUCGUGAUCAAGCCAGCAAGCAGAUGCUCAAUCACGCGCUGUAAUUUUUGUCGAUGGAUUCCAUUAAUUAUUAAUCCGCAGCCGCUGCGGAUCCGAUGGAAUAUUAGACAUCGGCCGCGGCGGCUGCGAGUAGGGUUUAAGGGUCUCGUCGAAACAUAGCGGUCAGUAAGGAGAGGGUUUAAGCUCAAGCUUUUUCCAUUUGGUCAUGGAGUAGUACAUCAAGUGUUGUAUUAAGAUUAUUCAUUAGUGUCAGUGUAUGUAGUGAUCUCCUGGUUGCUUGGCCGGUUGUUUUUUCUCCGGCAAGUCCAGUUGAGGGUGUAAGUGUUGUAUUAAGAAAUUGUUAUGUAACUGUUGGUUACUACUGAACUUGAAUUUUGUCUGAUCA